AUGCCAGGGGUGCCUCUUUUGUACCAGGAGUUUGACCCACCGAAGGUGUACCCGCCACUGGCCGCUGAGAAGAGGAAGCCCAUCUGGGUGCUCUCACUCUUCGAUGGCAUCUCCACAGGCAUGCUAGUGCUGAAGGACCUGGGCAUCCAGGUGGACAGGGACAUCGCCUCCGAGGUGUGUGAGGACUCUAUCACUGUGGGCAUGGUGAAGCACCAAGGCAAGAUCAUGUACGUCGGGGACGUCCGCAACGUCACCCAGAAACACAUACAAGAGUGGGGCCCCUUUAAUCUGGUGACUGGGGGGAGCCCCUGCAACGACCUGUCCAUUGUCAACCUGGCCAGGAAGGGUCCCUAAGAGGGCACUGAACGUCUCUUCUUUGAGUUCUACCACCUGCUCCAUGAAGCCCGGCCCAAGGAGGGUAACGACCAGCCCUUCUUCUGGCUCUUUGAGAACGUGGUGGCCAUGGGAGUGAGCGACAAGAGGGACAUCUCGCGCUUCCUGGAGUCCAAUCCCGUCAUCAUUGAUGCCAAAGAAGUGUCUGCAGCGCACCGGGCACGGUACUUCUGGGGGAACCUGCCUGGCAUAAACACAUCCACCAUCAGUGAUAAGCUGGAGCUGCAGGAGUGCCUGGAGCACGGCAGGAUAGCAAAGUUCAGCAAAGUGUGAACCAUCACCACUAGCUCCAACUCCAUCAAGCAGGGCAAGGACCAGCACUUCCCCAUGUUCAUGAACGAGAAGGAGGGCAUCCUGCGUUGCACGGAGAUGAAGAGGGUCUUUGGCUUCCCCGUGCACUACACGGACGUGUCCAAUAUGAGCCACCUGGCCCGGCAGAAACUGCUCAGCAGGUCCUGGAGAGUGCCAGUAAUCCACCACCUCUUCGCACCCCUGAAGGAAUACUUUGCCUGCGUUUAGAGAUGGGCAGGAACUGGUCAC